CACGGUAUAGAUUCAGAUGCUUCAGUAUACCAUUAAAUUGUGCCAAGGCCAACAGCAGAGGCACUAUAGUCCACAGGGCUGGCUAAACCACUGGACCAAAAGUGGGACCUGGCCUAGUGGAAGGAUGCCACGUCUGUAGGAUCCAACUGUUCUCAAAAAAUGCCACGCCCACUUCUCACAGGCUAUUCACAUUUCCGAGGCCUGAAUGAGGAGGAAGAGGAAAUCCAGCCCUGCUACUAUCACCACUAUACAUCACCUUCUCCUGAUCACAUCAAGAAUCUCAUCAGCUCUGGAGACAAUCAGCUGAAGGAUUCAGAUGACCGAGCCACAUUUUUCUUGAAAGGGAUGCCUAAAAAUAAGAGCCGCUUUACAGGGAGACAACACGAACUGAAAAACAGAAGUUACCAGAAAAAAAUGGCUAGGCAGAUGCUGGGCCUUGAAGAAGUACCUGUGUCUUCAGAACAACUGGGCUUGAGCUUGGAGUUUCAAGGGCCAUCAUACCAGGAAGCAGUAGUUGCUGAAAAUCUAUCAGAUGAUGAUGACAACUGGAGAGAAAGAUACCCACCCUCUGCCUGUGACAAAGUACAUCCAUCCAGGGUGUCCAGUGUGACCCCAGGCAACUCUUACAGUUACAACUCACCUACUGUUGCAGGGGUUGAGGCUUUCUCUUUGUGGCCAUUCAGUGAUAAUGACUCAUGUGAUGGCUGUCCCACUCACACCAAGGCAGCUGAAAGCUACGCUCCCCAUGAGGAACCUAUAGAAAAUGUGGAGUGUACCUCCUCACAUCUGAGCUACCAGGAUCUUGAGGAAGAAAAUUCUAUGCUGAGGAGAAAGAUCAAAAGGAUCCAGAACUUCUCGGAAAGUCAGACACAGAUGGUGAGAAACCUUGAGAGGAAACUGCAAGCCACAGUCAGUAAAGAGGAAGAAGCUCAGGAUUUGGAAGCUUUGGUGCAGCAGGCAGAACACAGUCUCCAGGCCAUGACUCAAAGAGCUUUGAAGGCAGAGAGUGAUCUUGAAAAGGCAAAACAGGAGAUAUACUUCCUCCAUGCUGAGCUAUCAUGCUAUAAGAUGGAGAACGAAAGUUUGCGAUCUGGCCAGUCCAGCAACAUGGGAGCAGUAAAACACCAAAUAGAUGUUGCUUUGCAGAAUCUCCUCAGAGUCACCAACCAUGCACAUGCUACCAUCCAUCAGAUGGUCUUUGGAGCUGAAACACUGGCACUUGUUGCUGAUCUCCUUAAAUCUGUAGGCAGAAUGUCUGAAAUUGAAACUGAAAAUGGAGCAGAGAAACAAACGUAGAGGACUUCUCUCCCAUGAGUGCUCUAUCUUCCUGUAGUCUGAUUGAGACUUAAAUCUUUUGCUCU